CCGGAAGGGCCGCACCGCGCUAUGUUGGCCCUCGCCGGCUUCCGUCGGCUGUUGGCGGCGCCGGUGCGGAGCGGUGGCGGCGCCAUGCCCCGAAAGGGAAAAGGAGCCGGGAAGGGGCCCGCGGAACCGGGCGCCGCCGCGGGACCGGUGGUGGCGGCGGGUGACGGCUGUGUGAGGCUGGCGGUUCGCGCCAAGCCCGGCUCCCGGUGCAGCGCUGUCACAGAUGUGACAGCUGAGGCAGUAGGUGUAGCUAUUGCUGCACCUCCGUCAGAAGGGGAGGCAAAUGCAGAGCUGUGUCGCUACCUCUCUAAGGUGCUAGAAGUGAAGAAGAGUGAAGUUAUUUUAGAGAAGGGUGGUAAAUCACGUGAAAAAGUGGUGAAGAUUUUGGUAUCGAUGACACCAGAUGAGAUUUUAGAAAAACUGAAAAAAGAAGCUUCCAGUUGACCUAAAACAAGAGCGGGAAAUGGGACAAUGCAUCUUGGUAAAUGGACUGAUAUUCUUUCUUAUGUAAAUCUAGUCCUGUUGAGAAUGUGAAUAAUGAGUAGGGAAAGAUACUUCUUCCCCGCCACCCCUCCUUGUUAGUAUAGCUGUUGUACAGUUGAAGUUUUUGUGUAGGUUUGGUUAGAAAAACUUGUCUUUACUGAGGCUCUGUGUCUGCUUCUGUCACUACAGACUUUUUUCCCCUCUGGAGAGUUUCCUGUUGGUAAGAUUUGUUCUCUUUCCUGGUCCCUAAACAAAUGGUUUAGAAAACUUGUUUCUUAGUGAAACAAACUUUGGUUAACAAAGUGAAAGGCUUGGAGUGACAGGCUUCAGUGUGAAAAGUGGUACAAAAGGAUGAGUGAGUCUGGAUGGUAAAGACCCUAGAAGAAUGUUCUCUUCAAUAUCUAGCGGCAGGUACUGGGUGCAGUUUUGCACUAUGUGCACAUACGUACAUCUAAAAUAAACGUAUUUGAAGCCAAUAUACUGUUGUUGAUCACAGAGGGAAGCUAAAAGCAGAAUCACCUGAACAACUGAAACAAAACCAGAAGUUUGCAGUAUGAAAAACUGACCCAGAACCUAGUAAUUGCGUACACGGUGUCACUUUUUAAUAGUCUGUAAUUAGUUUCUUGAAAAAUAGAGAUACAAUCAUGUAUCUUUGCCAAGUGUAUGUCAAGUGUAAUGACUGUUUUUAAUAAAAGGGGCAAAAAGUAUU